UAUAAUUUCGACAUCACAUUUGCCGCCCCAGCAGUCUGGUCACACUGCUACUGACCAAAAGGAACUGCAAAACAGGAAAAACAGACCCAAUACUAAUUGCGCGCAGUGCAGUGCCGUGUGAAAAAUACGUCAAAGCUGUUUGUUUUCAAAAAUUCUAACAAAUUUACGAAACUGGACAAAAUUUAUGUUUUCGGCAAAACUGAUUUUUUGCUCACACACACUUUUAAAGCGAAAUCGGCAAAAACAAUAGCAAAGUCAAAGGCAAUAGCAAAAAACAGCAGCAACAGCAACAAAACAGCAGCAAACGCAAAAGCAACAGCAACUGCAAAAAAAAAAAAUCGCACGCACGUACACACACGGCAAAUACAAUUUAACAAAAAAAAUAAAAUGAAAUAAAAUUUAAAACAAAAAAAAAAAAGGAAAAACACACCACACGCCGCAAGCACCUCUACAAAUGCAGUCGAGUACGCCAUAAAUUGAAGUGUAGGUUGGAAAUAUUGAAAAGAAAUCUCACAAACACUUGCAAAAUAAAAUAAGAACAACAAAAAAAAAAAAAAAGCGAAAAAAAAAGUAAAGGAAAAAACACACGCACACACAUACACAAGCAUACUGAGAGAGAGAGAGAGAGUGAGUGAGAAAGAGUGGGACGUACGCGAGAGCCGAAAAAGAAUAUUGCAAAAAAAAAAAAGAAAAAAACGGCAUAUUGUUAGCGAAUAAUCGGAAGUAGUAGCGGCGAGCAAGCAGCCACCGAUAUUUAUUUAUAUUUUUGACAGGACUGACAAGCGCCGCCCAGCGGCCGCCAGUCGAAAGUAAAUACCUACCCUAUAUACCACUAUAAUACUAUAUAUAUAUAUAUCAUCGCCACAAACCGAUAACCGAUCCGUGAUCCAAACUGUAUACCCCAAAAAAACCGAGGCGACCCAAGGACGACAAGGACGAAGGACCAAGGAGUGGAGUGGAGACAAUUUGAAGCACAAUUCAAGUGCCCUGUAAAAUGGAAAUAGAAACAGACCAGUCGAUCGAAGCAAUGGAUACCCAGGACACUCAAGAGGUCGAGAUUAUCACCAGUGACCUCCAACAACAGCAGCAACAACAACAACAGCAACAGCAGCAGCAACAACAACAACAACAACAGAAUUCUCCGCCACAAUUGCCGAAAUUUAAAAAUCUUAUACAGCCGCCACUACACGCUGUGGGCGCCGUCACCCAACUGCCCAGCGAGAACGGGAACGUGCCGCCCCAACAGCUCCUAGCGGACAGUAGUUCCGCCUCAUUCGGUAAUAACGAUUCGGAGGCCAUGCCAAUGGACGAUGAGACGAAGGAGGACCAGUUCCGGUCCGAAACAACAUUCUCAUUCACCGUCGAGAAUGUCGGGCAGCUGAAGUCGCAGCGAUUGUCGCCACCAGUCUAUGUCCGGAUGCUGCCAUGGAAGAUUAUGGUGAUACCGAACGAUCGGGCAUUGGGAUUCUUUCUGCAGUGCAAUGGAGAGAAUGAUUCGCCCACCUGGUCGUGCAAUGCGAUCGCCGAACUCCGUCUAAAAUGCCAUAAGCCGGACGCCCAACCCUUCACCCGGGCCAAGAUCAAGCAUCUGUUCUACUCGAAGGAGAACGAUUACGGCUAUUCGAACUUCAUCACAUGGCAGGAGCUGCAGGAUCCGGAGAAGACCUAUGUCCACAACAAUAGUAUUACAUUGGAGGUGCAUGUGAUUGCCGAUGCACCGCAUGGCGUUCUAUGGGACUCAAAGAAGCAUACCGGCUAUGUGGGACUCAAGAAUCAGGGGGCCACCUGCUAUAUGAACUCCCUGCUCCAGACCCUAUACUUUACCAAUUCAUUGAGAUUGGCCGUCUAUCGCAUCCCCACGGAGGCCGAUGACAGCACCAAGUCGGUGGGCCUAUCCCUUCAGCGGGUAUUCCAUGAACUUCAGUUCGGUGAUCGGCCCGUCGGCACCAAGAAGCUAACCAAGUCAUUUGGAUGGGAGACACUCGAUUCGUUUAUGCAGCACGAUGUACAGGAGUUCCUGCGCGUCCUCCUCGACAAGCUGGAGUCGAAGAUGAAGGGGACGUGUCUGGAGGGGACCAUACCGGGACUCUUCGAGGGCAAGAUGUCGUCGUACAUCAAGUGCAAGAACGUGGACUACAAUAGCACCCGCUACGAGACCUUCUACGACAUCCAGCUGAACAUCAAGGACAAGAAGAACAUAUACGAUUCCUUCCAGGACUAUGUGGCCUCCGAGACGCUCGAGGGCGACAACAAGUACGAUGCGGGUGUCCAUGGUCUUCAGGAGGCCAGCAAGGGCGUCAUCUUCACGUCAUUCCCGCCCGUGCUGCACCUGCAUCUGAUGCGAUUCCAGUACGAUCCCAUCACCGACAGCUCGAUCAAGUACAACGAUCGCUUCGAGUUCUACGAGCAGAUCAACCUGGACCGCUACCUGGCUGAGGGCGAGAAGACCUCAGCGGACUAUGUCCUCCAUGCCGUGCUGGUGCACUCCGGUGACAACCAUGGCGGUCACUAUGUCGUCUUCAUCAAUCCGAAGGCCGACGGACGUUGGUUCAAGUUCGAUGACGAUGUGGUGUCCAGUUGCCGGAAACAGGAGGCCAUCGAACAGAACUACGGCGGCAUGGAUGAUGAGAUCUCGUUCCAUGCCAAGUGCAGCAAUGCCUACAUGCUGGUCUACAUCCGGCAGUCGGAGCUGGAUCGGGUGCUGGGCGAGAUCCAGGAGAGCGAGAUUUCCAGUGAUCUGGUGGAGCGGCUGGAUCUGGAGAAGCGGAUCGAAAUGGCCCGCCGGAAGGAGCGCAGCGAGGCCAAUCUGUAUGUGUCGGUGCAUGUCAUCCUGGAGGAGUACUUUGAGGGACAGCAGAAGCGCCGACUAUUCGAUCUGGAGAAGACCCACCAGCGCCCCUUCAAGCUCAAGCAGAACCAGACCGUGGAGGAGCUGGUGGAUAUGUUUGUCAAGGGAUUCGGGGUGGCGCGGGAUAGGAUGCGCAUAUGGAACAUGUGCACCGCCCAGACCCAAAAGUUCCUGCACUUUGACUUCGAAGCGGAGGCCUCGCGCACCAUCGAACAGAUACCCACAUCCCAGAAGCCGUGGGUCAUCUUCCUGGAGCUGGCCUCGCCCGAGAAUCCCGCCCCCCUGCCACCGUUCAAUCCCAAGACCGAUGUCCUGCUCUUCCUCAAGUACUACGAUGCGCGGAACAAGCGUCUCAACUACAUCGGUUGCACCCAGCAGCCGCAGAGCCGGCGGCUCAUCGACCUGGUCCCGGAGGUGAAUCGCAAGCUGGGCUUCGAGCCGGACACCGAGCUGACAGUCUUCGAUGAGUAUGCCGACAAGAAGAUCCCCAAUCUCUGCGAGCCGAUCGAGAGCGUGCUGUACAUACCGCAGGAUCAUCUGCAGGGCCACAUCCUUAUCUUUGAACGGGAGAACGUCGACGACAAGCUGGACCUGCCCACCGUGGAGGACUACUUCAUGGACCUGGUCUACCGCAUCGAGAUCAUCUUCAGCGACAAGUGCAACCCCAACGAGCCGGACUUUACGCUGGAGCUCUCCAAUCGCUACAACUACGAGCAGCUGACCAAUGCCGUCGCCGAGCGCCUCAACACCGAUCCCCAGAAGCUCCAGUUCUUCAUGUGCAUCAACAACUACAAGGAGACGGCGGGCAAUGCAGUUCCAUACACCUUUAAGGGCACCGUCAAGGACUUGGUGUCCUACACCAAACAGAGCACUCCCAAGCGCAUCUUCUACCAGCGCCUAUCCCUCAGCAUCCACGAGCUGGACAACAAGAAGCAGUUCAAGUGCGUCUGGGUCAGUCCCGAUCUCAAGGAGGAGAAGGAACUGGUCCUCUAUCCCAAUAAGAAUGACACCGUCAAGGGUCUGCUGGAGGAGGCGGCCAAGAAGAUCACGUUCGCGGAGAACAGUCGCCGGAAGCUGCGCCUCAUGAAGGUCAGCAACCACAAGAUCAUGUCCGUGUGCAAGGAUGACAUACCGCUGGACACGCUACUGAAGACCAGUGAGUCGAUAACGACGACGCAGGGCGCCCAAAAGACGUAUCGCAUCGAGGAGGUGCCGGCGGACGAGAUGCAGCUGACGGAGAACGAGCUCCUGGUGCCGGUGGCCCAUUUCAGCAAGGAGCUGUACAAUUCGUUCGGUGUUCCAUUCCUGACCAAGGCCCGUCACGGUGAGCCGUACGGCGCCCUGAAGCAGCGCAUCCAGAAGCGUCUGAACGUUCCGGACAAGGAGUGGGAGAACUACAAGUUCUCCGUCAUCACCAUGGGGACUAACUCGGAUGUGAACGAUAAUACGCCGGUGGAUCUGGAGGUGUAUCGCUCCUGGACCAGCGGACAGUUGCCGUUCUUUGGACUGGAUCACAUCAACAAGUCGCGCAAGCGCAGCUCCCUUAACUUUUCCGAGAAGGCCAUCAAGAUAUACAACUAAAGAGGAGGAGGAGGAGGAGGUAGCCAGCGGAUCACUCUGGGACGGUGGGUGGCAAAGGCGAUGGCGACGGCGGUGGAGUGGGAGGAGGAGUGCAUCGACCAGGCGGGGCGGGGCGUGGCGUGGCGGGGCGGCAUUUCCUUAUUCCUUCUACCUACCAUGUUCCCAACACACACACACACUCAGCCCAAACAACAAGAAGAAGAAUUAUGAGCAAUUAUGAUGAUGAUGAUGAUGAUGAUGAUGAUGGUCCUCCACCUCCACAUUAUUUAAAUAUAUAAAGUGUUUAAUUAUUAUUAUUUUAAUACUAUUUUUUUUAUUAUUAUGAUUAUUAUUAUUAUUAUUAUUUUUUUGUACAACACCAUACUGCUAAGUCAUAUAAUUAUUUAUUAACUCUCGAUCGACCACGCCGGCAGCCCCCGUUCUCCGCCAUUUCCGUUUCCGGUUCCUGGCCAAAAUGUAAGAGAAGAAGAGAGAAAGAAAAGAGAAAACGAUUAAUGCGCAGCAUAUUGAGUCCUUUUACAAUUUUUUUUGACUUAUUGCUUGAAUUAAAGUAACUUCAAUUUAGGCUUAGACGUUUACAUGUGUGUGUGUGUGUGUGUGUGUGUGUGUGUUUUCUAUGCUAUACAUAUAUAUAUAUAUAAUAUAAUAUAAUAUUCAUAAUCGAUAAUUGUUUAAUCGCGGGCACAAGCGGUUUCCCGUUAUCCCCCCCAAAAACUUCCAUUGCCUGGACCGGACUGGAAAGGACUGGAAAGCCGACUGCUUUUUACCGUUGUAAAUAAGCGUUUGUUGGAAGAAACACAUAUAUACAUAUGUAUGUAAGAAAGAGAGGAAAAUAAACAAAGAAUGCAGUAGGUGAGGAAACUAAAACAAAAACAAAAGAAAGAGAAAAAGGAGGAAAGAAAGCAGAAGAAGAUAUAUAUAUUAUACGAAAUCAGCUGUAAAACAAAAAUAAACACAACUAAGUAACAAGUAUAACUUUAAAAUAAACACUAAAAAGAGAAAAAAGAAAGAAGAAAAGUAAAGAAAAUAGAAAGUCAAACUCUGCGCUAUAAUACUGUAAACACAAAAGAGAAAAGGAUAAUCAUGAUGAGAAAGAGACGGACAAGAGAGAGAGAGAGAGAGCGAGAGACAGUUGAUAAGAUGAGAAAAUAUAUAACAUUUGUUUCAAACAACAUUAUUUGUGAUUUUAAAACAUGAAAUGAUAUAAAAUUGUACGCAAAGGACUAGGACAACAUAAUAUUAAUUAAUAAAUAAUAAUAAUUAAUAAUACCAUGGUUUAGUGCUUUUUCUUUGUUGAAUCGACAUAAAUGUAGUCGCGAAUCCGAAAUACUAAUAAAAAACAAACAGAAAAAAUGAGCCCAGAAAAUAAAACAAAAAACAUAUUUUAAUAAAUUACUAUACUAUGCUAUUAUUAUUAUUUAUGCAGCAAAUAAUUCAAAUUAUUUAUGUGUAAAAAAAAAAAAAAAACAAAAACAAAAAUAAAAUACCAAGAAUUCAAAUGAGAAAUGUGGAAAUAUCUCUUAUAUUUCAGAUAAGUUGUUAAAAAUAACUGUAUACUGUAUACAUUUUAGGACAAAAAUGCGAAACCUUAUUAUUUUUUACGUUCUUGGUUCUUACUUUUAACAAUUAAAUUUAAAAAAAAAAAAGAAACUAAUACGUUUUGUUUUAGCUUUCCUACACUAAAUAAAAAUAAACAUAAAAAUCCCUUCAAAAUGUCAUAUGUUUUAAGAAGUUUCCUAUUUUUAAGUAACUCCUAACUUGAGAAAAUAAAUCCCCCAACUGGGAAUUAUCUUUAUUUAAAUA